AUGGAAAAGAAAUCUGAGGAUCUCGGUGCCAGGGACAUUGACCGGUCUUCGGUCGGAAAGGGAUCCCUUGUGGAUCUCGACGAAAGACGCCUUCGUGCUCAAGGUCACAAAGCAGAACUUGAACGAUCCUUUUCCUGGCUGGGUGCUAUUUCUCUGGCAUACAGUAUUUCAAACUCGUGGCUUACAUAUGCGUCAACCUUUGGUCUCGUACUCAUCUACGGAGGCGGCGUGACCACCCUAUUUGCCGUCCUUAUUGCUGCUGUUGUUCAGUGGAUUGUCUUCCUCGGCCUGGGCGAGCUAUGCUCUGCAUUCCCGUCAUCUGGUGGCCAGUACCACUUCGUUUAUAUCCUCGCCCCGGCUAAGACCCGAAAUUUUGCUGCCUAUAUAACGGGUUGUAUUACUAUUAUUGCCUGGUGGAUUGGUACCUGCUCUGGUAUUAUAUAUACAGCUAUAUCAGCAUUUGGCUGUGCUGUUGCCUGGUUUCCAGACUUUGCACAGGAACGGUAUCAAGUCUAUCUAUGCUAUAUCGGCGUCAUCAUACUAUCGCUCAUUCCAAUCUACACGAUCAAGCAAAGAUAUAUUGACUACAUGACCAAAGCCGCCACCGGCUUCUCGCUGAUUGGUAUGGUCCUCACUAUUGCCGUAUGUUUGGGAAUGGCCGAUAGCGACUAUGCCCCUGGAUCAAUCCUGCUCGAGAACCGCGGUAUCAGCGGCUGGAAUGCGGGAACAGGCUGGCUUCUGUCUAUUGCUGCUUCUCUCUACUGCUACUCUGCAAACGGCGCGGUUGUCCAUAUCGCUGAAGAGCUGCCAAACCCUGGACGCAAGCUUCCCCAGGUCUUGAAUAUGACUAUGGCUAUGGGUAUUAUUAUUGUUAUCCCAUGGACUGUUGCUAUACUGUUUUGCAUCAAGGAUCUCAACGCCGUCCAGAGUUCAUUUCUUCCUAGCUUCGAGGUCUUCUACCAAGCCACUGGAAGCAGGUCAGCCGCAACCGCUCUGCAGGCAUACCUAACCUUUCUUUACUAUACAUGCAUUCCUAGUCAGUGGGUGACUUGCAGCCGUAUCACUUGGGCCUUCGCUCGUGACCAAGGUCUUCCGUUUUCGACGUAUUGGCAGCACAUCGAUCCCGAGCGUGGCAUCCCUUGGAGAACAACGGUCCUCUCUGCCGUGUUUUGCGCCAUCUACGGUUUAAUCUACAUUGCGAGCACGGCAGCGUUUAACUCGAUCAUCAACGCAAUGUGUCUCACUCUGAACCUCUCAUACAUUAUUCCCCAGGCAAUCCUGCUUACGCAAGGCCGCGACAAGCUGCCGCGACACACAUACAAUCUCGGCAGAUGGGGUUACGCUGUCAACGCCUUCUCGGUCGUAUUCUUGAUUGUCAUCGGCGUUGUGUUCUGUCUACCUCAGACAAACCCAACAUCCAUUAACACAAUGAACUACAACGCACCUGUCAUCGUCGGAUUAUUCCUACUCAUCUGCCUGCUCUAUAUUGAACGCCGCCAUAAGUUCGAUGGCCCCAAGAUCGAUUGGGACCUGCUUAACGAAAUGAAUACAGUUUCAUAA